AGCCGUAAAUUUCACGGUAAUUCCAAUUCCAUUCGCUUCCCUUAUGCUCUAUUGCUCUCGCCAUCUGCAAAAAUGGAAGUGGCCUUCUCUUCCCCACGCUUAUCACCGGAGCUGCGCGUCUUCUCCUGCAACUCAAAUAUAUCUCAAAGCGGAAGAAAUGGACUCUCUCAGCUUGCAAGUGCCUUCCCAUGCUCUUCUUUAUGUGCUUCUUUGGGGAGCGGCUUCACUGCCCCUUUCGUCGGAGGGAGCGUUUCUGUCGAUUUCGCCGGUCACAAGAUCCGCGUCCCUUCACUCAGGCCAUCUCCUGCCGGACGAGGCGGCAAGAGGGGUGUCGUUACCAUGGUCAUUCCAUUCCUAAGAGGAAGUGCAUGGGAGCAACCGCCUCCUGAUCUAGCUUCGUAUUUGUACAAAAAUCGAAUUGUAUAUUUGGGUAUGUCCUUGGUGCCUUCGGUGACGGAGCUAAUUCUAGCCGAGUUUCUUUACCUUCAAUAUGAAGAUGAGCAAAAGCCUAUUUACCUAUACAUUAACUCCACAGGCACAACGAAGGGUGGUGAAAAAUUGGGAUAUGAGACGGAGGCUUUCGCAAUUUAUGAUGUUAUGAGGUAUGUAAAACCACCUAUUUUCACACUUUGUGUUGGCAACGCCUGGGGGGAAGCAUCUUUACUUUUGGCAUCUGGUGCUAUAGGAAACCGUGCUGCUUUACCUUCAUCAACAAUUAUGAUAAAGCAGCCAAUUGCUAGGUUUCAAGGUCAAGCAACGGAUGUGGACCUUGCAAGAAAAGAAAUUAAAAAUGUCAAAGCAGAAUUGGUUGCAUUGUAUGCAAAACACAUAGGGAAAUCUCCCGAGCAGAUUGAGCUAGACAUCAGACGCCCAAAAUACUUCAGUCCUAGUGAAGCUGUGGAGUAUGGCAUUAUCGACAAGGUGCUCUAUAAUGAAAGAGGCCAAGAAGACCGGAGUGUUGUUUCAGACCUCAAAAGGGCCCAGCUUAUAUGAUUCUUGAACAUGAACCUGAAUCACAAAGGUUAGUUAAUGAUCCAAUAGCCACUUGAUGGAUAGUUGUUUUAUGCAUGAUUCCGCCUGAGCACAACUCUCUCAGCUCCUCCAAGCAUUUAGUUGAUUUCUCUCAGGCUAGGAAACUUUAGAAGGCUUCUGUACAUUAGCUGGGAAUGAUUAAAAUAUUCAUUUAGGCCCCUUUAAUGCAUUAUUAACAUUGUUUAAUAUUGGAAUCUGAGAUUCUGAAGUGCGAAUUUUUUUCUUUUUUCAUCUAUUUCUGAAGGUCAUUUUUAAACUGUC